AUGGUCAGGCAUGUCGCCACCACUGCCUGUCGCGCAUCGCCGACCCGAUCGCCUCCUCCGCGUGUUGGAUCGCAGCAGUUCUUUACCCCGCUGCGCCCCAAGGCCUCGUUCGGCUCGUCCACGACUCACUCGGCUGCUCGUUCAAGUUGGGCACCUGUUUCGUUCACAUCAACGUUCCUUCGUCGCGCAUUCGCAACUGGGCGUGGUCCUCGUCCUGGCUACAUCCAGAUGGGAGGGCGGCGUCCGCCUCCUCCCGGGUUCCUUGAGAAGCUCCGUCGUCGUGCCGACAGUUGGGAUCCGACCAAGGUCGUUUACGCGCUCAUUGCCAUUAAUGUUGGAAUCUACCUGCUGUGGAAGUAUGCCGUCUAUUCUUAUCAACGGUUCGGCGACGCGUCCCUGUUCAACGCCAUGUACAAGAACCUCGUCACCAGCGAGGCCAACAUCAAGGCUGGAAGGAUUUGGACCUUGAUCACCUCUGCCUUUUCGCAACGCGGUGAUUCCCACAUGCUCAUGAACGGCAUGGGCCUCUACUUUGUCGGCCCCGCAGUCGCAACUUCCCUUGGCUCUGCAGCCUUCCUUUCGCUGUAUGUUGCAGGAGGCUUCUUAGCGUCCAUUGCUUCCCUCACGUUCCAUCAUUUGCGAGGGGUGGACCCGAGGGUAGGCAGUGAGGGCGCCUCGGGUGCCAUUUACACCUGCCUGGCGUUUUUCGGAGCCAUGUACCCUCAGGCCCAGUUCAUGUUGUUUUUCAUUGUCCCCAUGCCCGCAUGGCUUCUCCUUUCGGGCAUGUUUGGCUACGAGGGGUACCAGGUUGUCGCCAACCCCAACCGCAAGACCGACUCGGCAGGCCACCUGGGUGGUCUUCUUACUGGCGUGGCAGCGGCGUAUGCCCUUCGCCGCGGUCACUUCCGCAGGUUUUUCAGGCUAUAG